CAGACGGCGCAGACACGCUCAGACAAACUCGUGUAUUGUGUGCUGUGUAUUUUUGAUCAAUUCGAAAGAGGUUUCACCGAUUCAUCACUUCUUGCCGUCUUGUCUGGACCGCUCAUUAAAUUUUGGUCAUCUUGAUCUUGUGGAACGUGAUUAUUAUGGCAGAGAGACCUCCACAACAAGUCUGCGAUGGAGCUGUGACAGUAGUCGAAUGUGACGACGAAAGAACACCGCAAGAACCUGCAGCAGUAAGAUUAAAAUUAAGGAAACCUAAAUCAGACAAGAAGGUUAAGUGGGAUGCAGAUACAGUGGAUAAUGAACAUAUGAACAAGAGGAAAUCAAAAUGUUGUUGUGUUUAUAAGAAGCCUCGUGCCUAUGAUGAGAGUUCAUCCUCUGAAGAUGAAGAUGAGUGUGAGAACUGCUUUGGCCAUGUAGAUCACAGAAAAAAAGGCCAAGGAGGUUCGGAAGUUCCCACGUCACAAUCACCAGUACCUUGUGGUUCAGGAGAUGGACUUUAGCCAAAGACCAAAACUAGGAAUGGAAUGACCAACUUUUAUCAACAACCAGCAACUGGUUUUGAAUCAUCAUAAUUUACUAUCAUUAUUGUAAUAAGUUAUUAGAAAGUGGAUUUGAUUUUCUGGAGCUUUGUGCAAAUUUAUGCCAUCAAAGAAUGAAUGGGGGGAAAUUUGUCCUCUGCAGUGAUAGCAACAUAACAUGUCACUAUUUAAGAUAUAGCACUAGGACUAGGACAUCAUUUAAUCAUUGUUAGCCAUGUUUAGUUCACCUUAGAAACCCCUAUACCUGAUAUUUUGUACAGCAGUACCUUUCUGCUCUUAAAGGAAAAGAGUAAGAUCUCUGCUUGUUUAAUGACUGAUUUUUGCCCUAUCUUCUUUUUAGUAAAUGUCUGUUUUUUUCUCUGUUU